AUGUCUGGUCGCGGCAAGCAGGGCGGCAAGGCGCGGGCCAAGGCCAAGUCCCGCUCUCCCAGGGCCGGGCUGCAGUUCCCGGUGGGCCGCGUGCACCGCCUGCUGCGCAAGGGCAACUACGCCGAGCGGGUCGGGGCCGGCGCGCCGGUCUACCUGGCGGCCGUGCUGGAGUACCUGACGGCCGAGAUCCUGGAGCUGGCGGGCAACGCGGCGCGCGACAACAAGAAGACGCGCAUCAUCCCGCGCCACCUGCAGCUGGCCAUCCGCAACGACGAGGAGCUCAACAAGCUGCUGGGCAAGGUGACGAUCGCGCAGGGCGGCGUCCUGCCCAACAUCCAGGCCGUGCUGCUGCCCAAGAAGACCGAGAGCCACCACAAGGCCAAGGGGAAGUAGUCUGGCGCGCGGUGAACCUGAAACCCUAAACUAAAAGGCUCUUUUCAGAGCCACCUACCGUGUCACCAAGAGAGUUGCCGCAGAGUUUUGUCUGGUAGUUGAGUCAUUUUAAGAGUUGCAGUUUGAAGGCCAAGUAGGCAAAGCAAAUUCUCAGUAUCCGAAUGAGGUACUUUAAAUUAAACCUAACUGCAACUUCGUUCUUUCUGAAGUUGAACUUCUGAACAGGUCAUAAAGCAGUAUUUAUGAGUGUAACUUGUCUAUGAGGUGUCCCUGAUGUGCUGGAUUGAACGACCCCUUGGGUGAGAUUAAGGACUCAAACGUUCGGUCUGCCCUCUCCUAACGAGUGGAUCUUGCCAGCACGUGUGUACCAGGCACCCUGUGAGUGGGAACACAGGGUCAGCCCCGAAUCGGAAGUCCAGGUCUUUAAGGAGUUUUAGAUUGGCUUGAGUGGAAAAUGCAUUUCAUUGCAAACUAGAUAAGGGUCAUCAAGAAGUGAAGAUAUGGGGGCAUCAACAGCUAACGUGUAUCAGACAUGGGCGAGCCUGUACCUGCCCAUGAUUCUUAGUGUCCCCUUUCCAUCAGGAUGUUCCCUCACCUCACUACCCCAGCUAAGGGGACCUAUUUCUUCCUAGCUAAAGAAGUCGCCAUGGACUGUUUCCUGCUCCUCAUGGAGACAUUAAAGAAAAUGAAUUUCCCAAAGCAUUUCUAGCCCAUUGUAAUCAAUUUGUUUUCUCAGUCUCUUGAAACACAUUUCCUGC